CGCUUACGCACUAGGUGCACAAUGCAGCUCUACAGGCUAGGUAGUGUAACAUGGCCUUGACACGCUCAACGUCUGUAUCAGUUACCUCCACAUGCUACAAAGGCAGAGAGCCGAAAACUUGGAAAGUUACUUUGGCUGCUCCCAAAAUGGUAUCAGAGGCGAUUCAUGCGUGGCAUGACAACAGACAACUCGGGCCACCAGAAGUACAGUUAAGAUCAUUCCUUCAAUUAAUACAGACCCCAGAUAAAAAAUAUGCCUGUCUCGGAAGUGUUUAUCUCUUAUUAUUCAACCGUCCAAACACACGUUUCAAGAGCUCCAACGAAAUGGCACUAUUUGUGCCAGUCACUCACAGUGAACCGAAUUCCUAAUACGUCAAAAUAUACAAGGUUGCUAAACCAACACUCAUGGGUUGCAAUGUAAUCUCCCGGAACUGCCUCAUCGACAUGUAUCAACAACCUGGGCUUUCAUCUGACAUACUUAAUCCGAAGAUUGAACACAGUGAAACCUCAGUCAUUCAAACUGCUCUCUUAUACCGCAGUGUCGGUGUUGCCAUUUACUAUCGAGAUUACCUGAAAUGUGACAUCCUUACUAAACAUUCACUUAUCAUUCCCGACGCUUUAUUGUGUUGAUCGCACAUAGCAUAUCAGGAUGUUGGGUCACAGAGGAAGCCGGGCGAUGAUGGCCUCUUUGCAUUUAUCUAUAGACCAACGAACUUGUCAUCAGACAGCGAUAAUAUUCUGUUAAACG